AAAACGCUGUUCAGACAAUCUGAUGGAUGAGGAUGAGAAAGACAGGGCAAAGAGGGCUUCACGUAAUAAGUCUGAAAAAAAGAGACGUGAUCAGUUCAAUGUUCUCAUUAAGGAACUCAGCUCAAUGCUUCCUGGAAACACACGAAAAAUGGACAAAACGACAGUUCUUGAAAAAGUCAUUGGCUUUCUCCAGAAACAUAAUGAAUUUUCAGCACAGACAGAACUUUGUGAUAUUCAUCAAGAAUGGAAGCCCUCUUUUCUCAGCAAUGAAGAAUUCACUCAACUGAUGUUGGAGGCAUUGGAUGGGUUUGUUAUAGCAGUUACCACUGAUGGAAGCAUCGUGUAUGUUUCUGAUAGCAUCACACCUCUUCUUGGGCACUUGCCGUCUGAAGUCAUGGAUCAAAAUUUGUUAAAAUUCCUCCCUGAACAAGAACAUUCCGAUAUUUUUAAAAUAUUAUCCUCUCAUAUGCUUCUAAUGGAUACUGUUUCAUCGGAUUAUCUAAAAUGUAAUGAGGAUUUAGAAUUUUAUUGCCAUCUUCUGCGAGGAAGUCUGAAUCCAAAGGAUUUUCCAACAUAUGAAUACAUAAAAUUUGUAGGGAAUUUUCUAUCUUACAAUCAUGUGCCUCUAUCUGACUGUCACAGUGCUGAAGAGGCUGCUCCUAGGGGUUACAGAACACCACAAGGAAAACAAAUCUGCUUUGUUGCUACUGUUCGGCUGGCCACCCCUCAGUUUUUAAAGGAAAUGUGCAUAGUUGAAGAAUCUUUAGAGGAAUUCACUUCAAGACACAGUUUGGAAUGGAAAUUUUUAUUUCUGGAUCACAGAGCCCCACCAAUUAUAGGAUAUUUGCCUUUUGAAGUGCUGGGAACGUCUGGAUAUGAUUACUAUCAUAUAGAUGACCUACAGCUCUUGGCACGAUGCCAUGAACACUUGAUGCAAUUUGGCAAAGGGAAAUCUUGCUGCUAUCGAUUUCUGACCAAAGGACAGCAAUGGAUCUGGCUACAAACACAUUACUAUAUCACCUACCAUCAAUGGAACUCAAAACCGGAAUUCAUUGUGUGCACUCAUACAGUAUUGAGUUAUGCAGAUGUUCGAGUGGAAAGGCAGCAAAAUCUGAUUUUAGAAGAUGCACCUACAGAUAUCAUCUCUUCAAUAUUAAAGGACAAUGUCCCAGAUUUGAAUCCUCAACAGCAUUUUAAAUCACUUCAAUUAGACACAACGGUACUGAACAGCCAGAUAUUUUCUAUGUCUUCUCAUGGUUUACACAAAUCUUUGCCUUCAUCCUUGCCUGAAAUGGCAUCCACAAUAACAAAGCCUAUCCUGGAGUCUUCCGCAUUGCAAAUCUCACAGCAGAACUUACCAAAACAGAGGUCUAACCUACCUGCUACAACUGAAUUUACUAUGUUCCAAACCAUCAAGAACCAACUUGAGCAGCGGACUCGUGUACUACAAGCCAACAUUCAGUGGCAGCAAGAAGAGCUGCAGAAAAUCCAAGAACAGCUCUGCCUGGUACAUGAUUCUAGUAUACAGGAUAAGAAAACUGUGAGAACCUCGGAAGAGAUUCAAGAUAAUUGUCAUUCUUCUGGCAAUUUAACAUCGCCCUUGAGCAAUUCUUCUGUGCUCUCACCAUCUUUGGCGAUAGCACCAUCUCCUGCUAUUUCACAGGAUAGCAGCCUCCAGCACAGCCUUACAGAUCUGGGCCAUGAUCGACAACUAAGACUGCUACUUAGUCAACCUGUUCAGCCAAUGGUGCCUGGAUCCUGUCAUGCAAGGAUAACAGAUGUUGAUGCAGCUGGACACAGUGAAAAGUAUUUUCAAAAAAUACAAUCUUGCCAAGAUUUGGAAGCACAAACUUCCAGCAACGGUACACCAGUGGUGCUUAUGAGACAAUCAGGAUUGCACCCUGGAUUCUCUGGAGUACUAUCAUCUCAAUCCUCAUCUUUGCAAUCUAUGCAUCAACAUCUUCCACAGCAAUGCUACCUUCAGGUACCGCCGGCAGACUCUUUGCACAGGGAGCAAGCAGAUUCUCUGCCUGUGACUCCCUACUCUCUACAGGAAGGAGGUAUUGAGUACCACCACAUGCCAAUGAAGCACCAACCUGCUGCCAGAAGUACCAUGAGCUUAUCUGAAAACUUAAAUGUGCAACAUCGGCAAUAGAUUCUGCCUUCUCUGUCAAUGCACACUUAACUGUAUUAGUGGGAGGGAAAUGUUUGUGUUAUAAAGAAUACUAGGACCUUGGUGAAAUAGUGCAAUAAAAUGGAAAGGGAACAUUUUGCAGGUAUUUGCACUAUUUUGUGGUUAUACUAUGAAAUAAUAAGACUGCGGUGUUUUGGAUUCCAUUUACAAAGAGUGUUUCAGUUAGGUGGGAGCAUGAAUGUAGCACCUGUUUGCAACAUCUGAAUGGAACUGUGUCUUGUCCUAGGGAAAAUGUAUCUAAUUUAAGGUUUUUCGUACCCUAAACACUCAUAUGUUGCUACACAUACUCUUAACACUUUGAUAGAUGGUGUUUAAAAUGCUGCACAGCAAUAAGGACCACUAAUACUAAUAUGUACCAUUACUUUGACACUGGGGCACUAACUGGUACAUUUUUCCUAGAUGACUCAGUUGAAUAGUUGGGCAGAAAGGGUUCUGACUUCUCUACAAAAAUCAAGAAGCGGGGAAAACACUUGGCUUUCAUUAUUUUUGAUCAUUUAAAAUGAAAACCAUUGGUUAAAAAAUAUAUUCAGAUAUUAUUUUUUAUUAUGACUAAUUGUUAAUUGUUUUGCACAACGAGCAUAACUUGGCACUUUGACUUAGGAAAAUUCCUGUUUCAGCGGCCAAAUAAGCAGUGGGAUAGAUCAUGCUGUCAUUUCUUUAGAACAAUCAACACAUCUGUAGUCUGUACCCUUUGGACUCAUAAAUUGCAAGUAUUAAACUUGUUAUCGUCACCCCACCCAAUGUUUCUACUGUCAAGAAAUUACAAUGGACAGCUUCCUAUCCAUUUAGUAUAGUAUAAACAGUUACCCUAAGCACAAUCAUGCAGCUAUUUAUUCCAACAUAAAAUCACGCUGUCCAAACUCUUUAUAUUUUUCUCUCAUAAUGGAAGAGUUUCUUUGCUAGUCAUAGAACAAGCAUUGGAAGAAUAUGCACUGUGUCACAGCCCAUUAAGUGGAAAAAUGCUGCAACUCUAUUACAUAUCUAUUUCAUGAUUAUAUUUAAAGUGGAAUUUUUCCUUAAAGCGUUGCACUUUGUAUGCUUUACAUUAAUGUUUCUAAGAGAUAUUUUACGUUAUUAUAGAAUAAGUAGUGUUAAAAUGUUGUUGUUAAAAAACCAAAACCACGACCAAUUUCUAUAUAAAAUAAAAUAUAUAUGAGAAUAUGUGGAGAUUAUUUUGUGUAUGGAAGAUGAAUUGCUCUUAGUUUUUUUGUAACAAUUUUUAUUAGAGUUUGCAAAUACAAAGACUAAUACAAAUGGAGAAAAAUAUAAAAAUUAAAGAAGAGAGAAAGAAAUAAAAAGAGAUAGAAAUAAGAAAAUAAAAAGGAACAAAAAAGAAAGAUAUAUAAAAGACUCUUUCUUUCUCCAAUAGUAUAAAUAACUUCAGUAACUUGUUGUAUUUUUCGGAGUAUAAGAUGCACCUUUUUUCCUCAAAAAAGAGGCUGAAAAUCUGGGUGAGUCU